CUGGAACGGAGGUUCGUGUCGUGUAGUUACGUUACAGUAUGUUUUACAUGCAGAGUCGUGUUAAAUAUUUUUUACUUGAAUACAAAUCAAUUGAUCUAUAAUGGCGGCAAAUUUAACGUAUUCUGAUAGACUAAGAGAUGCUGAUAAUUAUGUCACAUUCUCACUUAACGGGAAGAUCCAUAAGGUAUGGGGACUUCCGGCGGGAACCACCCUCUUGCAGUAUAUCCGUGAACACGCUCAUCUGAAGGGCACCAAAUACAUGUGCCGCGAGGGUGGAUGUGGAUCCUGCAUAGUGAACCUCACAUUCACUGAUCCUGUCACAGGAAUUGAUAGAUCCUUCGGUAUAAACUCAUGCUUGUACGCUUUAUACUCGUGUCAAGGAAUGUCAGUGACAACCAUUGAAGGAAUUGGCAGCAAACAGAAAGGCUACAGCCCUGUCCAGACACGCCUGGCUAACUUCUGCGGAUCUCAGUGUGGCUUCUGCUCUCCGGGCUGGGUCAUGGCUAUGUAUAGCUUACUCAAGACAGACAAAGAUAUGAGUAUGAAACAGAUAGAAGACUCUUUUGGAAGCAACAACUGCCGGUGCACAGGCUACCGACCCAUUUUGGAGGCCUUCAAAACUUUUGCAGAAAAUAGUACAGUGGAAUUGCAUAAAAACGUGGGCGAUAUUGAAGAUCUUUCGAAAGGUUGUAGCAUCCGAGGAGACCACAUCAAGUCAAAUCUCCAAAGUUGCGCUGGUAAUCCGUCCAAGGAAAUCGUAGACGUUGAAAACAUAUUCAACUGUCAAUAUUUUGAGCCUUUUUUUGUUGAACUUGCUCUGUCACCGACAACCCUUUGUGUUGAUACCAAGGGAUCUAGCCAUUGGUACAAAGUCACUAAGGUCCAGGAAAUAUUUGAGAUAUUUACUAUGAUUAAUGGAUCGUAUAUGUUGGUUGGAGGCAAUACUGCCCAAGGAGUGUUUGAAGAGAAAUACCCAACACCUCCAGACGUAUACAUCGACAUCAAUGGUGUGCUUGAACUCAAAUCUCAUUCCUUCAACUCUGUCGGGGACCUGGUGUUGGGAGCCAACAAAUCUCUAACAGACACCAUCACUCUGUUCCGGGCUGUAGCUGUCGAGAAACCGGAAUCCUUUAGUUACCUCAAGAUUUUGGCCAAGCACAUGACGAAGGUUGCUCAUAUACCUGUCAGAAACGUGGGAACUUUAGCUGGCAACCUUUCAGCUAAGCAUGUUUACCCAAGAUUUCCAUCAGAUUUGUUCACCAUAUUUGAGACGGUCGGGGCCCAACUGAUCAUCGACAGUGGAAGUGGAUUAAGAUCCACGAUCUCAUUGCCUCAGUUUCUUCAGAUCAACAUGUGUAAAAGAGUUAUUACAAAUAUCGUGUUUAAACCUUUGGAUGAAACUUAUAUUGUAAGAACCUAUAAGGUUAUGCGAAGAGCUCAGAACGACCACGCCAUAGUUAAUGCAGGAUUCUGUUUUAGCUUCAACAAAAAUAAAAAUUUCAAAGUUCUGCAGAAACCAAGGAUUGUCUACGGUGGUGUAAGACCUGAUUUCAUUCAUGCCAUCCAUACAGAAUCAUAUCUAGAGGGAAAAUGUCUUCUAAACACAGCAACACUUCAAAAGACCUUAUCCAUUCUCAGUGCGGAGGUGGUGCCAGACAGGCAGUUGCCGGAAAGUUCUGAACAGUACAGGAAUGGUUUGGCAUCGUCUCUUUUCUAUAGAUUUGUUCUUGGUUUAAGCCCAUCUUCUAUAAAUCCGAAAUUCAGAAGUGGGGGAGAGGAGAUUUCGAGACCUCUGUCCUCGGGCAGGCAGGAAUAUUUCACUGACCCUCAACAGUAUCCUCUGACUCAACCCAUGCCAAAAGUGGAAUCUCUUAUACAAUGUUCAGGUGAGAUUGAAUACACCAAUGACAUACCACCCUCGCUGACAGAACUGUUCGCUUCUCUGGUGUUGACAGACCGAGGACCUGCUACAUUGGCCGAGAUAAAUCCUCAGCCUGCUCUGAGCAUCCCGGGGGUUGUAGCCUUUCUCUCAGCAAAGGAUAUCCCUGGUGUGAAUACAUUCGCAAACAUAUUAAAACCUGUCGUUAAUGAACAUGAACUGCUAUUUGUGGAGAAGGAUAUACAAUAUGCAGGACAAGCCGCGGGGGUGAUCCUCGCCAACAGUCAAGACCUGGCCGACUACGCCGCUCGAAGAGUCGUCCUUAAAUAUAUCAACGUCAAGAAACCGUUAUUGUAUGUAGAUGAUGUCCUGAAAGAAGGUGAUAAAGAAAGGAUUAUACUAACAGGAUCGAUUGAGCCAACUUCAACAAAAGAUGAUGUAGAACAUACGAUAAAAGGAAGCUUUUCUUACAAGGGCCAGUAUUUCUAUUUCUACGAAACACUGACCUGUAUAGUAUACCCACGGGAUAAUAACACCUUAGAUGUUGUCCUGCCUACUCAAUGGAUGCAACAUGUACAAGAAGCUAUAUCCAAACUGCUUAAUAUAUCAUCUAACAGGAUCAACGUGACAGUGAAGCGGUGUGGUGGAGGUUUUGGAGGUAAGAUUUCAAGAGCUACCCUACCUGCCUGUGCGUGUGCGCUAGCGGCCUAUCUGCUCCAGAGACCUGUCAGAAUUGUAAUGGAUCUGGAAUCCAACAUGAGAGCUGUUGGAGGCAGAUAUCUCUUCCUCAUAAACUAUGAGGCAGGUGUGGAUAACGAGGGAGUGAUCCAAUACCUUAAGGGACAAUUCUACAGCGAUAAAGGGGUGGCUCUGAACGACUCUGGGUCGGCUAGGAUCUCUCUACCCGUCUUCCCUAACGUGUACGACAGCAGCACCUGGAGUGUUGAUUUCUACGACGUAAGGACCGACAAGGCGACUACGACCUACCUUAGGGCUCCAGGAUCAUUAUCGGGAAUUGGAGCAAUAGAACAUAUCAUGGAGCAUAUAGCUUGGACUGUGAAGAAAGACCCUUUGUCGGUCAGACUCAACAAUAUGAUGGUAGAUAGCCCCAUACCCAGUUACAUUUCAGAUCUCAAGGGCAAUGCAGAUUAUGACGUCAGAGUUCAGCACUGCAGAGAAUUUAACAGGUUAAAUCAGUGGAAGAAGAGAGGAAUAUCUUUGGUCCCUAUGAGGUUCAAGCCACACUACAGAGGGGUUUAUCAUGCUUUGUUGUCUAUUUUUCGGAAUGACGCAACUGUCGCCAUCACCCUCGGUGUCUGUGAGAUGGGCCAUGGUAUAAAUACCAAGGUAGCCCAGAUUGCUGCCCACGAGCUUGGCAUCCCUCUAGUCUACAUACAAGUCAAGGCCAGUUCUAAUCUUACAGCCCCUAACGAUAUCUUCACAGGAGCAAGCACGUCCUCGGAUGGAGUUUGUUUUGCUGUUAGAAAAUGCUGUCAGAAGAUAAACUCUCGACUAGAACCCCUGAGACGUUCUGUAGGACCUGACACGCCUUGGACUGAGUUGAUUGAAAAAGCUUAUCAGCAAAGAAUCGAUCUAAAUACGACGUACAUGUUUCGGCCGGAAGAUGACGAAUAUAACUUGUAUGGUCUUUGCGCUCUUGAGGUCGAAAUUGAUUGCUUGACUGGAGAACACAGGGUUGUAAGAGUUGAUCUUUUACAAAAUACUGGUACAAGUUUAAAUCCAUACAUAGACAUAGGGCAGGUUGAAGGAGCUUUCCUCAUGGGCCUAGGACACUUUACAAGUGAAGAGCUCAUAUUCAACCCUACAACAGGUCUUCUGACCACAGACCGAACUUGGGAAUACAAGGUGCCCGGUGCAAAAGAUAUUCCAGAGGAUUGGAGAAUACAUUUCUGUAAAGAUCCAAACGGUCCACCAGUUGGAGUUUAUGGGUCUAAAUCUCAAGGUGAAGCUCCUCUAGUGAUGUCGGUAUCUGUAGUGUUCGCGAUCCGACGGGCCAUCGAGUCCCUCCACCGAGACUUAGGGCUGCCGGAUACCUUCUUUAAUAACGAUCCUCCUUGUACGACUGAGAAUAUCUUCCUGAGAUGUGGGUCAAAAAUUGAAAAUUAUACUUUAUGAUUCAAUAUAA